CCUCCUAAAAACGCUCCCCCACUUUAUCCACUAAUUUUUUUUUAUCCCUUCCUUCUUCCUCUCUAAUCCUCCCAAUAAUCUUAAAUAUAAAUACUCCCACACCUCCAGAAACCAGUCCAGAUCCCAAUUCGCCAUUUCCCUCUGUUCUUCCUUCCUUCUUAUCUCUUUCUCCUUCCCCCCAAUAAAAAAGAACGGGUUUGGGUUAUGUCUAGAAUGUGGAGAUGGAAGAAGCUCAAGGACACCGGCACCACACUCUUCCUCCUCUCUCCUUCCCCCCGCUCAUCCCGCCCUCCGAUCGCCGCCUUCCGCCUUCUUUCCUCUUCUUCUCCGGCGGCCCGGUGCUUCCGAUUCUCCCCAACCACCACGCAUUUGAACUUCAUCAACAGGUACCGUCGCCGGGAGUCGCUCCCCGGGGUUCAGGAGCGGUUCAAAUGGGACGGCGGCGAGGGUGGUGGAACAACUGGUGGCGGUAAUAAUUCGAUUGAUGGUGGUGAUAAUAACAGUAUCAGGCAGAUUAAGGCGGAGGCUAAUUGCCCUCGUUGUUCCAAGCACAUGGAUCUUCUCUUCUCGAACAAUCACGGUCGGGGUCUUAACCAUCCGCAUCAUAAUCCCAAUCUCUCCCCUCCUUCCGAUCCUUCUUCUUCUUCUUCUAAUCAGAGCGGUAAUGGCGGCGGAGGGGAUGUGUUACAAGCUGUGAAUUACUGCCCCAAUUGCAAAACUGCUUACUACUUUCGCCCUUACAGCAAUGCUCCGCUACAGGGGAGCUUCUUUGAGAUUGGGAGGAUCAGCAAUGGUAAGUUGAGGAAUAAGUACAAUUCCGCCAAACAUUCCAAUAAUAGUGGUGAGGGGCAGGAUUCUUCGUCUUCCGGGGAUUCGGUGACUGCUUCCAAUAGCAGCAUCAACAAGAGGCUGAGGGCUUCAUUCUGGCAGACUCUCCGGUUGUAUGCGGGUGACCCACCUGAAAACUGGCCGCCGUUGCCUUCUUCUGCCCCCCCGCCGCCGCCGGCGAAUGGGCUGGCUGUGCAUACUCCCCCUGGUCCACCAUUUGCACCAGGUGUUAAUGUUGUCAGGGCAGCUGGCGGAGGAUCGAAUGGUGAUUCUGUGGAGGGAGAAAAGAGUGGUAGAUGGGGUGGGGCUAAUCUAGGGAAGGACUUACCAACUCCGAAAGAGAUCUGUAAGGGUCUUGACAAGUUUGUUAUUGGACAAGACAGGGCCAAAAAGGUGCUCUCCGUUGCUGUGUACAAUCACUAUAAGAGGAUUUAUCAUGCCUCUCAAAAAGGGUCAGGAGAAGAAUCUUCGAGUCCUAAUGCAAUUGAUGAUGACGAUAAUGUAGAGUUAGAAAAGAGCAAUGUUCUCUUGAUGGGUCCGACUGGCUCUGGAAAGACGUUGCUAGCAAAGACACUUGCACGAUUUGUGAAUGUGCCAUUUGUCAUUGCAGAUGCUACAACAUUGACUCAGGCAAGUUUCUUCUGGAUAACUCAAAGCCUUUCCCCCUUUUCAUUAGAAAGCGCUGGUUAUGUUGGAGAUGAUGUUGAGUCUAUAUUAUAUAAACUUCUAGCGGCGGCUGAGUUCAAUGUGCAAGCAGCUCAACAAGGGAUUGUCUACAUUGACGAAGUUGAUAAGAUAACUAAGAAGGCUGAGAGCUUAAACAUCAGCAGAGAUGUAUCCGGUGAAGGUGUUCAACAGGCUUUGUUGAAAAUGUUAGAAGGAACGAUAGUUAACGUUCCGGAGAAGGGAGCAAGGAAGCAUCCUAGAGGGGAUAAUAUACAGAUAGAUACCAAAAAUAUUCUCUUUAUUUGCGGUGGAGCAUUCGUUGAUUUGGAUAAGACUGUUUCAGACAGACGGCAAGAUUCAUCAAUUGGAUUUGGGGCCCCUGUUCGAGCUAAUAUGAGAACUGGAGGUGGAGUAACCAAUGCUGCUGUUACUUCGUCCUUGCUUGAAUCUGUUGAGAGUGGUGAUCUCAUUGCCUAUGGUCUAAUACCAGAAUUCAUUGGACGCUUUCCUAUAUUAGUUAGUUUGAUAGCUCUAACGGAAGAGCAGCUUGUGCGGGUGCUCACAGAGCCAAGAAAUGCUCUCGGAAAGCAGUAUAAGAAGUUAUUUGGCAUGAACAAGGUCAAGCUGCACUUCACAGAAAAGGCACUCGGACUAAUAGCCAGAAAAGCAAUGGCUAAGAACACUGGGGCAAGGGGUUUGAGAGCCAUAUUGGAAAGUCUUCUUAUUGAACCAAUGUAUGAGAUUCCAGACGAUGAACCGGGAAGUAACAGGGUGGUUGCAGUUGUGGUUGAUGAGGAGUCUGUGGGAUCCGAAAACACCAUUGGUUGCGGAGGCAAGAUUCUUCGUGGGGAUGGUGUGUUGGAGCGGUGGCUUGAAGAAUACAAGUUGAAGGAUUCUCUGGACAAUGGCGAAGCAGUAGAUGCAGAGCUGCAGGAUGUAGAGUCAGAGGUGUCAACAAGAGCCAUGAGCAUGUGAGGAACAUAAACAACCCUACAGAGUCGGCAGGCAGGCAGGCAUGUAUUUAUUCAGCACCAGAUUAUUUGUAAAAUGGGGUGGGUGGUUUAUUUGUAAAAAGACGAAGAAAAAAAGAUGCAGAAGAAAUUGCAGUUCAUAAUUGAGAAUGUAAUUACUAUCCCUAACCUAUAAACCUAACAGCAUAGCAUAGUGUGGGAUAAAGAUUUUAGGAGCAGGGUAGUUAACACAAUAAGAUCCACCUUUUAAUGUUGUACCAUAAACACUUCACUACUUACAAGUUGCAUUUCCUGAAUGAAGAUUUUUGCAGCACAAUUUUUUGAUACUGAGUUUUACAGCUUGGGAAAUAGGUUCAAGGG